CGCCUUUGGCAUCGUUUCUUGUCGACGUGGGAAGGAAGGGAGGGUGUAAGGAGGACUCGGACACAAACAAACGUCCACUGGUCUAAUGUGGGGGCUACGUUACCGUUGACCGUGACAUGUCAGGUGGAUUUGAUACAUAACUCCAUGACAUUAUAAACAUGUGGCUCAAACCUGAAGAGAUUCUACUGAAAAACGCCUUCAAAUUAUGGCUCACCGAGAAGGAUAAUGAGUAUUUCGUACUGCAAAGGAGACGAGGGUACGGGGAAGGUGGCGGCGGUUUGACAGGCCUACUGGUGGGAACACUAGAUACAGUCUUGGACUCCACAUCUAAAGUUGCUCCCUAUCGUAUUCUACAUCACACACCUGACUCCCAGGUGUACUGGUCGAUAGCAUGCGGUGUCACAAAAGAAGAGAUUGUUCAGCACUGGGAUUGGCUACAACAGAACAUCAUGAGGACACUCUCUGUUUUUGACUCCAGCGAAGACAUCACCAGCUUUGUACAGGGCAAGAUUAGAGGUCUGAUUGCUGAGGAAGGGAAGAUGUGUCUGGUGCUGGAGGACGAUCCUGAGAAGUUCCGAGAAGCACAUCUGAGGUUUGAGAAAUGGUUUGAGCUGCCACCGGAGGAAAAACUGGUCACAUAUUACUCCUGCAGCUAUUGGAGAGGCAAAGUGCCAUGCCAGGGCUGGCUCUACCUCAGCACUAAUUUCUUGUGCUUCUAUUCAUUCCUGCUGGGAUCUGAGGUGAGACUGGUCAUCUCUUGGGAUGAGAUCUGGAAGCUGGAGAAGACCUCUAACGUUAUUCUGACUGAGAGUAUCCACGUGUUGGCUCAUGGAGAGGAUCACUACUUCUCCAUGCUGCUGCAUCUCAAUGAAACCUUCCUUAUCAUGGAACAGCUGGCUGACUAUUCUAUCAAGCGCCUUUUUGAUAAAGAGGCAUACCAGAAAGAGCCAGCACUCUCUGACCCUCUGCAAAUCACCAAGAGAGGUCUGGAGGCUUAUGGAAAGAGUGCACAGUUCCGGACAUUUUUCAGGCUUCCAAAAGAGGAAAACCUGUUAGAGGUGCAUGAGAGCUUCUUGUGGGUGCCCUUCAGCCACUUUAACACACUUGGCAAGAUUUGUCUGUCUGAGAACUACCUGUGUUUUGCCAGUCAGGAUGGAAGCCAAUGCCAUAUCAUUAUCCCAAUGAGAGAGGUUGUUAGUGUUGAGAAGCCAGACUCCAGCAGCAGAUCCUUAACUGUGUGUGUGCGUGGCAAGAGGGCGCUGCGCUUCUCUGAGGUGCGGGACUACCAGAGGCUCGCCAACUCAAUUCGUAGCAGGUGUGGCAUCAGUGCCAGCCCUCAGCACUCUGUCUCCUCAGAGGUUAUACGAGGGGAAUGUCAGUCACUCAUCAACCAUUUUGAGGACAAUCCAGAAGAUGUAACUCUGAUGGUGGGACAGAAAGACAGCAGCAAGGCUGUGAGCACCGAGGCUCUGAUGACUGUUUUCCACCCUCAGGAUGUUGAAAACCUCGACCCCAAGAUGCUCAAAGAAAAGAUGAAGGAACAGUCGUGGAACAUCCACUUCUCUGAAUAUGGACGUGGCACAAGUAUGUUCUUCACCAGGAAGACGCGGGACUUGAUCGUUCGUGGCGUUCCUGAGGCCCUGAGAGGAGAGCUGUGGAUGCUGUUUUCAGGAGCUGUGAAUGACAUGGCCACUCACCCUGGCUAUUACACUGAGAUGGUUGAACAGUCUCUGGGCACAAGCACUCUGGCAACAGAUGAGAUCGAAAGAGACUUGCACCGCUCGCUGCCAGAGCACCCAGCCUUUCAGAGCGACACAGGAAUCUCUGCUCUACGCAGAGUCCUUACUGCUUACGCCUACAGGAACCCGAAAAUCGGUUAUUGCCAGGCCAUGAAUAUUCUCACCUCAGUUCUCCUGCUCUAUGCUAAAGAAGAGGAGGCUUUCUGGCUCCUGGUAGCUGUUUGUGAACGGAUGUUGCCAGAUUACUUUAACCGUAGAAUCAUUGGUGCUCUGGUUGACCAGGCUGUUUUUGAAGAUCUGAUUCGAGAAAACCUGCCCCAGCUGGUGGAGCACAUGACAGACCUGAGUUUCUUCUCCUCCGUGUCCCUGUCCUGGUUUCUCACUCUCUUCAUCAGUGUCCUGCCCAUAGAGAGUGCCGUGAACGUGGUUGACUGUUUCUUCUACGAUGGCAUAAAAGCCAUUCUGCAGCUUGGCCUGGCUGUGCUCGACUACAACAUGGAGGCCCUGAUCAGCUGCCAUGAUGACGCAGAGGCUGUCACUAUCCUUAACAAAUUCUUUGACAGUGUGACAAACAAAGACAGUCCACUGCCUCCAACAGUGCAGCAGGCAUCAGUGGGCAAUAAUGAUAAAGCAUCACGCAUGAAAGUAGAUAUCAGUGAACUGAUCCGAGAGGCCUAUGAGAAAUAUGGAAACAUCAGUGCAGAGGAAGUCGAGAGCUCACGCAAGAGGAACAAACUCUAUGUGAUCCAAACACUAGAAGAUACAACCAAACAAAAUGUUAUUCGAGUGGUGUCCCAAGAAGUCAGAUUCAGCGCUUCACACCUCGAUGAGCUCUAUAAUUUGUUCAAAAGGCAACAUUUCCUCUGCUGCUACUGGACCAUGCAGAGUCCAGCUCUUCUUCAUCAUGACCCCAGCCUGGCAUAUCUAGAGCAGUACCAGUUAGGUUUCCAGCAGUUCAGUGUGCUCUUCUCUCUCCUGGAGCCCUGGGGUUUCUGCACCACCAAGAGCACACUCUCCCUGUGGGUCUUCCGCCUGAUAGACGAAAACCAGGAUGGCCUCAUCAACUUUAAAGAGUUCUGCUUUGCCCUUGACACAUUGUACUGUGGAUCUUUCACAAAUAAACUGAAGUUUCUCUUCAAGCUGCACCUGCCUCCAGCUUUUACAGGCAGUCCUUUGCCUUUAAAGGAGCAAAGAAUCCAGAACUUUGUUCCAGCGACUGAAGAUUCUUCUCACUUGAGUAGACUCACCGCAUUCGAUCUUCCAGAAGAUGGGGUGAUACGUAAAAGCCCAGAAAGAGGUAGGGGAAAAGUUGACCUGCAGGCCUACCUAAAACAAUGGCAGCAUGAGAUCCUGAAAAAAGAGGAAACCAUCAAGGACCUACCCCGUAUCAAUCAGACUCAGUUCAUUCAGUUCUCUAAGACCCUCUACAACAUAUUUCAUGGCGAUCCAGAGGAGGAAUCUCUUUACCGAGCUGUGGCUCAUGUGACCAGCCUUCUCCUGAGGAUGGAGGAGGUGGGGCGGAGGCUGCAAGGGCCCAGCAGCCCACCAGAAUCUGCAAAACCUACUAGCGCCUCUGCCACGGAAGAAUCUUCAACCGAAGAAGCCUCUAGCACCCCAGAGAGCACCGACUCCCCCAGCUCCCACAACAGUCAGGAAGCGGUGGAGGUGGAGUGGUCGUUUUCGUUUGAGCAGGUCCUGGCUUCUCUGCUUAACGAGCCGGCCAUAGUCAGCUUUUUUGAAAGGCCUUUCGACUUUCAGACCAAAUUAGGACAAGUUAAGGUCGCCCAGCUGAAGCUCAAAGUCAAUAAGUGAACGGAUGCUAGGGAUACUUUGCUUCUGAUCCAAACCUAGUCAUUUAUUUCUCUUGGAUAUAGGGCAAAGGGUGUCAGCAAGGCGACUGGUGCAUACAUCACAAUUCCAGAUCGUGGGCGUGUGUGUGUGCACAGACACAUUUCAGGCUGCUGUUCCUCAGAUUUAAUUAUGCAUUUUCAGCCUCGCUGACGAUUUUCGUUCUCUUAUGUAGCCUCUGAUUAUUGAUAUGAUAUAAAUGUAGUCUAAUAUUUUGUCCCUUCAUGCAGCGAUGGACGAAUAUUAUCAUUUUGUAUUCUGAAAACAUGACAGACCAGUGUGUCAUCAUGCCCACUCAGCUGUCUGUGAUGUCACGCACCACAACUAUUGACUGGGACGCAGUGACACAGGAGCAUUUCCCCCUGGAUGUAUUGAUAUAUUUUAUCUUUAAGAUCAGUGUUCACUGCUGUCAAGUAAAACGUCCUGUAAAUGCUAAUGUGUCCUGUGACUGCAGUGUCUCCUGCUGAGUGUAGCCUGUAGAUCAGGGGUUCUCAAAUGUUUGGAGGCCGGGGGACUUCUUACUGGGGAGAUAAAAAAUGUUCCAUCCCUUUCAUAAUCCCAACACUGACUAAACAUAUGCUCACUGCCAUUUGUUGUAGACGCUGUAAAAAUGCUGCAGUGUUGGGUUUUUCUGCAG